AUUAUUAUACAAUAAUGGUGGAUAGCGUAAAUGAAACAGUAUCUGUGUUUACAAUUGCAAAUAAUAAUAUGAGCUUUUUAUAUUAAAACAUUUUCAAAUGAGUUUAGCAAAAAUCUUUGGAAGUACAAAAAAAAAAGAAGAUGAGCCAACAGCAUCAGAAGCAAUUCAAAGGCUCAGACAAGCAGAGGAACUUUUAACAAAAAAGUCUGAGCAUUUAGAAAAAAAAAUAGCAGAACAACUUGAAAUAGCUAAGAAAGCCGGAACAAAAAACAAAAGAGUUGCCUUAAAUGCUCUUAAAAAAAAGAAACGACUGGAAAAGCAGUUACAACAAAAUGAUGGAGCUUUAUCUACGAUAGAGUUUCAAGUAGAAGCUUUAGAAAGCAGUAAUACAAAUACAGAAGUGCUGAAAAGUAUGGGCUUUGCUGCUAAAGCGUUAAAAUCUGCUCAUCAACGUUUAGAUGUCGACGAUGUUCAUGAUUUAAUGGAUGAGAUAUCAGAACAAACUCGACUUGCUAAUGAGAUAUCUGAUGUAUUUUCUACAUCAGGUUUCGAUCAAGACAUUGAUGAGGAUGAGCUUAUGGGAGAGCUUGAAGAACUUGAGCAAGAACUCCUGGAAGAACAACUUCUAGAUGUUGGCCCUUCAAAGGGGGUCAAUUUACCAAAUGUUCCGACAACAGAUCUUCCCAAACCUACGAAAUCAAAAUCGAAACAAGAAGACAUCGAUGAAGACAUGGCUGAACUAGCUGCAUGGGCGUCUUGAUAAAGUAAAUAAUUAAGUGCGGCGUUAUGGCUAAACUCUCACGGGUAUAUGUGUAAAAAUUAUAGGCUUCUUAGUCAAAUUAGGUUGAGAUAUAUAUAUAUAUAUACAUAUAUAUUGUUGCUGUUUAUUAUCUUCUAAUCUCAUUUAACGUGUUUUGCAUAAGUUAGCAUUAAUAUGUUUUUUUUUUAUAAAUUUGAAAUAUACUCCUACAAAGUAUACCUGACUAGAUUUCUGUUUGUUUGAAUUUGUAACAUUUGUUUUUUUUUAAUAAAAAAUUAAGCAA